AUGGAACGUGAUACUAAGGAGCAGCUUCGGGAGGCCGAGUCCUUCAAAAGACUCACCUUCUUGGCCAUCGCCAUCUCCACGGUGGCCACAUUGACCGCCAUCAUCGUGGUCCCCAUGUUGUACAACUACAUGCAACAUGUUCAAUCUUCUUUGGACGAGGAACUAGAGUUCUGUACCCACAGAUCCAACGGUCUCUGGGAACAGUACAAGGGCAUCUUCGGCGAGCAGAUGGCCCGUGAGAAGAGAAACGCCGUCCGCAAGAACGGUCAAAUGAGAAACGGCCGUCGUGCUCCACACCGUGCUCGCGGAGCCGCUUCAUACGCUGACGAAGGAGCCUCAGGAUACGGAGGAGCCGCCGCUCCAGUUGCCGCUGCCCCAGCUGCAAACUACGGAGGCGAAUCAGCCGUCGGAGGAGGAGCUGCUGCUUCCUCAUGCUCAUGCGGUGUCGGAAACGCUGGACCACCAGGACCACCUGGAGAAGACGGACAAGACGGAAAGGACGGAAACGCCGGACCUGACGGAGACCACGGACCAGACGCCCCAGCUGAUCACCAACCUUCCGCCGACGACUUCUGCUUUGACUGCCCACCAGGCCCAGCUGGACCACCAGGAGGAGCCGGACCAAAGGGACCAAACGGUCAGCCAGGACAGCCAGGAGCCGACGGUCAACCAGGAAACCCAGGAAGCCAAGGACCACCAGGCCCAGCCGGACCACCAGGAAACGACGGACAACCAGGAGAAGCCGGUCCAGCUGGUCAACCAGGUCAAGUUAACGAAGUUCCCGGCAUUCCAGGCCCACCAGGACCAGCUGGACCACCAGGAGCUCCAGGACAGGCUGGUCAACCAGGAGGACCAGGAUCUUCAUCUCCAGGACCACAAGGACCACCCGGUGAUGCUGGAGCCCCAGGAUCACCAGGUCAGCCAGGAGGCCCAGGACAAGCUGGCCCCGACGGAGAAGCCGGCAACGGAGGCGGCUGCGACCACUGCCCACCACCACGUACUGCUCCAGGAUACUAA